AUGGACGCAAAAUGCUCCUCGUCGCCGCGCCCCUCUGCGUCCUCUCCCUUCGCUGCCUCGCCCCGCCUCGGACCCCCGCCGCGGCGCUACUGCACGGCCGCCGAGCCCCAGGUGUCUCCGGAGCUGCCUGAGGCGUGCGGGGCGAAACCCCACACGGAGGCUCCGCGCCCCGCCGACCGCUCCCCGCUCGAGGCCCCGGCGGAGGGGCGAGGCCCGCUCUCCACCACUGGCGAGCCCGUCGCGCCCGACAGGCGGCCAGCAAGAGAGCUCGCUUGUGCAGAAAAUGGCGCCGCUGGGAGCUUCAACGGAAGGAAUCAAAACAGCCACACGGAGGGCGACUCCAGCCCCGCUGCCCGCCUUUCCGCGAUCGGCAACUCACCGGCUCGUGCAGUGGUGACAAGCAUCCCCUCUGCAGGCGCAGAGAGGACUUCGCGACCGCUUCUUUCUCGCGCGUCUCCGGCUUCCUCUUGUGACGCAAUGUCUACGUCGCCUUCGUCUCCCGUUUCUUCAGUCUCUUCAGCUUUGCCCGUGCACGCGCCGUCGCUCUGGGGCGCCGCAGACUAUCGCCCUCCAGCCGGUCCCGCGGAGCCCGGCGCCGCGCCCGCAGGGCCUCAAAGCCCGACGGGGACCCCUGCGCCCCUCGCGGCGUCUCGCGGGUUGCUUCACGAAGCGCCGCAAUCUCUGAAAAAUGGCGAGGCGCGGGAUGCGCGCGAUGGCGAGCGAGUGUCGCCAGCCCCUGCGCUGCCCCUGUCAGCGUCCAGGCUGCCGCAGGUGUCGGCAAGAGACGACGACGCCGGGCAAGCCCUGAACAGAGGAGAAGAGAAAGGCGGAGGAGGGCGAGCCGGCGAAGAAGCGAUCGCGGAGAACGGCGCGGUGGCGGCUGCCGCUGCACAGGAACGGCAGUCCCCAACCAGCGCUGAUUCCGCGACCGUGAAAGGGAACGAAGAAGACGGCGACGCGACGACAGGGGACAGCACAGUCGGCCCGUGUGCCGGGGGUGGCAGCGUCCCUGCGGGGGGAGAGACGCAGAAGACGACAGAGGCGGCGCCUGCGUCUGUGGUGCCGCAGGAGACAGGCUGGGCGAUUCCGCGUCGAACGAAGAGAGAGAGAGACCGGCAGGCGCGCGCAAGGGACAAAAUCGUGAGGCAACACGCGGUCUAUCGCCGUCUCUCAGGAGGCGCGCCGCUCGACGAGGGCCUCAGAUCCGAUCGGGCGUGCGGAGAGGAAGAUGUGCGACUCGACGAGCUGCUAAAGAAGGGCGACUUCUCAGGCGCCGCGUUUCUUCUCACGCAGCCUGUUGUCGCGAAGGCCGCCGCCGUCUCCGCGUCUUCGCCAGGCGCCCGUAUCCCCAAGCGGUCAUCGAUUCGGAGUUUGGGAGAUGCAGGCACUCGUGAAGUCCUGAAGAUUGAGGGGCCCGCAACCCCUGGCGAAUCUGCGGCGUCUUUCGCGUACCUUGCCAACAACGCCCCGUGCGACGACGAACCUGCGGAUGGCUCUGCAGAGUCUGUGCCUGCCGAUGGCGGCCCCGCUAUGUCUCUGCGGAGGCGAUGCGGCGCGCGGGGGGGUCUGACUGGGGAAAAAACGCCGACAGACCAAACUACGGCCCUGAGCCGCGAGGCGCGGAGGCUCGCGGAGGUGUGGGCCUCAUGCGUGCAAGCGCCCGAUGCAGGGGAUGAAAAGACGGAGGCUGUGCGGCUCCUGGGUCUGUCCCUGCAAGCCUCAAGCGUCUUCGCCGUCCUGACCUUGAGGCUCGAGCGGUCGAUCGGCGCGGCCUGCCCGCACGGAGAAGAGACCUCGAGGGCCGCGGCGGCCGCUGGAGACAGGCAGGGCGAGGCGCUCGCGACUCCAGAGGAGAGAGAGGAGAGAAACAGAGUUGCGCAGAACAGGAACGAAUCUCUUCGUUUGCUGCGAGACAGCCUACUGCGGGCCACCCAGAUCGGGCACGCUGCCGUCCGACCCCUGACCGAGCUCUCCUUGAGGCGAGCCGCUGAGCAACUCACGGCAAGCAGCGCGAGGGUAGGGCUGCGCCCGCGCGCGGGCAAAAGAGAGACGCGGAAAGGGCACGCUUCUAGAAAGCCGCGCGGAAGCAAACGCCAGAAAACUGCAGAGUCCGGAGAGGACGCAGGGGACAGCGACGAUCAGGCCGAAGAUGACCGGAAAGAUGUCGCUCACCUCCGCGAAACCGCUGCCGUGCUCGCCGCCUCUCUCGCCGCAGGCAUCGUCAUUCUCCAAGCUGCGCUGCUUUGCUCGGCUCUUUCGCGCGGCGCGGCACAGGACUGUGACUCGCUCGGCGCCGGCGUUUCGUCCGCUUCGUCAGAUCCGACAGCUUCUCCUUCCCCCUUAUCGUGCGUGCCUGGCAAAGCUGACGAAGCGGGCGGGAGCGGUGUGAAGCACGAGGCGUCGAGCGACCCAGAGGACAGGCGGAAACGGCCACGAGCAGAGUUGGAGACCGCCAACCGCGACGCCGGUGCGACAGAUGCGAAAGCCCCACGUUGGCAGUCAGCCUUCGCGCGAGGCUUUAAACUGCAGUGUGCAGAGACGGUCGCCGUGCUGCUUGCGCUCUCGGGCCCCGCGAAAACCUCCAGCGGAGACCCGCCGCUCGCUGUCCUUCAGAGUCUGCUCCCUGCGUCGGUUCGCGCGAAGCUCCUCAGCCUGUUCGCCAGUCUCUGCCGGCUCAUUCGAAAGUCACUUUUCAGCGCGUACUCCCCGCUGCCGGCGGCCACUGCAGCUUUCGCGUCUUCGAGUUUCGCGUCUUCGACUCGCGCGUCUGCGAGCGCUUCGGGCGCUGGCGGCCUCGCCCAGAAGCCCAUUAUGCAGACAGACAUGCGCAGCGGAGGCCUUGUCGGUCCUCCAGGGACGUCUGCCGCUGCCUCGGCUCGCGCUCGCGCCGCCUCCGUUUCGCCGGUUGUCGCGGCUUCGACGCUGAGCCCCGAGCAUCAUCAUCUGCUUGUUGCAGGACUCGCGUUGCUCUUCUCGAGGCCGAGCGCAGGGCUUUCCCCGGAGGCUGCAGAGGCCCUUCAGGAGGCCGCGGACCUGCUGACGACGUAUUUCGCGGAGCUUCCAUCCUUCCGAGCUCCACUUCUGCUUGCUCUCCUCGCGUCGCUGCCGCCUUGCCCGUCUGCGUCGCUUCCAUCUCCGUCGACGCACGCUGCCUUUCCAGGGUCCUCCCCUGCACUUUUGCGCUCGCCGCUUCGGGCAUGCGGGCCCGCCAAGGGGACCUCCUCGUUCUCCUCAUUGUCGCUUGCGACUUCACUGCCGCCGCUGCGCAGCCUCGUUCCGCAGCUUCUGCCGCUGGCUCGCCUCCUGCCUCGCCUGCUGCAGUGUCUUUUUCUGCCGCGGCUUCGGCGGCGGCGGAGCGCGGCCGCGCUCUCGGCUUCGCUCCCGCACAUGUCGGGCGCAAAGGGGGGGGACGGAGCCCACGCCGGGGCGCGGAGGGUCACCUCGGUGUCCCUGAGGCGCGGCGAGCGGGCGGCCCUGUUUGUGGCUCGCGUUCUACUCGCCCACGUCUUUCCGCAGGGGAUCGUGCAGAUUGCAAAGCUGCGAAAGAGAGACACGUGGAACUGCGAGGGCGUCGGCUUCCGCGAGCUACUCUUCGGGGCGAAGACUCGCGAGUGCGGCGGCAAAGACGGGCCCGAGGGGAGAACGACACGCGACGGCGACAUCGCAGAGGAGACAGACGACGAGGCAGACUUCGGCUCAAAGGAGUUUGCAAAUGCCGCCUUUCUGCUGGACAGCGACACCUGCGACGGAUCGGCCGCGGCGAGUCGCGCCACAGUCCGGAGAUUCAUCGAAGAAUGGGGCCUCAUGAGUUUCUACCCCGCGUGCCCUGGCGCGUUUCUGCUCUUCCGCACGCUGAUCGCGUCUCUGCUGCAUCUCGUCUUCUCUGUGGUGCCGCUGGACGCGGAGCUCGUCGCGCGAGUCCUGAAGAAGCGGCAGGGCACUGGACACAAGGCGGCGCUGCUUGCUGGCCUUCUGCUCAGCCAAAGAGAGGAGAUCCCUCUCGCAGCCCUGGUGGCGAGUCUCCCCUCCGCGUCUGCCUCGCUUUCCGCCGGCUCACUUUCGUCGUCGUCGCCUGCGGGGGCGCUCUUCUCCCUCGUGGAGACGGGGCUGCAGCUUCUCAGCGCCGCCGUGCCUUUCAUGUUCCUGUCUGCGAGCUCCCUCACUUGCGCGGCGGCGCCGCGGCUCGCGCCCGUGCGGGCCCUCGCCGCCUGCGACGCCGGCAGUGCGGCGAAGCAAGACGCCGUCCACGAGGCCUCGCGGAGCGCCGGUGCCGAAGCAUCCGACGCGCGUGGAGGCGGCUCAGGCACGGCCGACACGCGGGACGAGUCGACAGACGCACAGCAGGCUCCAGGGGGCCGCCAAGCCUCUGCGGCGCGUGCGGGUCCCCCGGCGUCCUUGCUGGGACGCGCGAGCUGCUGCCUGUGUGGGGCCCGUAUAGGGGUCCCGGGUCACGCGGCGGAACCCCGCAGCGCCCUGCCUGCGGGCCCGCAGAGCGAUUCAGGUGUCGAUUCGAUCUCGCCUUCUCCUCCAGCCCUUGAGGCGUCGCCUGCGCUCGUUGAGUGCGAGGACUGUUGGGCGUGGGCGCACGCCACCUGCGCCGGCAUGGCUGCGGCUGCGGGACUGCUCGAUUCGUCCUCCUCGUCUCGCUCAAUGCCCUGCGCGCGUGUGAACGGAAAGACGCUCGCAAGGCCCCCGGCCGCCGGAAUGACGCCUCUCGCCCUCGACAACACGCCCUGGCUGUGCGAGGGCUGCGCCCUGCGCCGCACGGUGGCUUACGGGAUUCACCGCUCCGCAGAGCGCAUCGACGCAACUGCGCGUUUUCUCGCCUUGGGGUCCCUCGCCGCCUGCGAUUCGGCGAGGGACUCGACCGGCAGGGGGCUCCGUGGCCCUACGGAGAGACCCCGGGUGGACGGCGACGCGCAGGAGGCAGUGCCCGCCAGCAGCCCCAUCAGUGGCUCGCGUGACGAGUUGGGGACUUAUGCGGAUAAGUGUGUCGGCGAGAAGUUUGUGCGCGCACUAGAGACGGAGGCGCCCCUCCUGCCGAUGCUGCCGCAGCCCCUCGUGUAUAGCUGUCUUCUCCUGGCGCACCUGAACGGCCCCGGCGGGCGCGCUGCGUGCGUGCACCACGAUGGAGCCCCAGGGGGUCUCCAUGCGGGCGGCGGCCCCCCCCUCCGGCGCAGCGGCGCCCAAAGCGGAGACCCCUGCGACCGCUUCGCUUUGGAGACUGUGCAGCUUGAGGCCUUUGGUGUGCAAGAGGAAUCCGAGAAUGAUAGUUGUGCACCGACCGCCUUCGACCAAGUGGCGGUGCGCAUGGCUGCUCUCUCUUUCCUGGACGAGGCCGCGACGGGGCGAAGUAUCUCCGUUUCGGGCCCAUUUCUGGAGCCUGGGGCGCGGGGCCGCGGUGCAGAGGAGGUGAACGGGGCGAGUGCCACGGACGGAGGAUUGGUCGUCUCUCAGCGAUACAGGAAAGGAACGAAGGGAGACACUGUUGCGAAGUCGAAAAAGCAGAGAGCGGGCGGUAAUGAGAAAGAACGAGGAGAGACGCAAAAUGCGCGUGAACAGCAGGGGGAGCUGCCCGUUUCACAGAUGGCGUCACACAGGUCUGUCCCGUCCGCCUCGUUCGUUUUGGUUCAGAAAGAGAGGGCGCUCUGGGAUGUCAUUUGCGCGUUGGAGUCACGGGCCGCUGGCGAGAUGCGCCGCGGCUUCGGGCUCUCCAGGCGCGUGCGGGGCCCGCGUCACCUUGCGGAGGGCCCCGUAUCCAUCGAGGAGACCCCCGGCAACGGAGCCGCGGGCGAGAGCGCUGGAGGCCCCGGAGGCUGUGAAGAGAGGGGCGCUCUUUCAGGCAGCGAGGAAGUCGAAACGCACACUCCGGGCCCAGGAAGGGCACGCGCUCUGGGCCGCUCGAGUGACAGACUAAAGGCUAGUGCGCAGCGUGAAGAAGAUGAAGGCUUGCUGAGUUUCGAUGAAGGGAGUGCCAUGGACGUGUGGCGAAGCGAAGUCGUUGAGGUUUUCCUCGCGGACCUGCGCACACUGUUUAUCUUCGCGGUGCAGUCUUCCCUCCCGAGGCGAUAUACUGUCGGAAUCAAACGCGCGGCCUUGACGGCCCUGUCGAGCUGCCUGCAGCUGCAGCCGCAGGCGCUCGAGGCUGCGCCGGAGCUUCAACAGACUUUGUGGUUUUCUCUGCGGGACCCCGCGCCUGCCGUACGAGACCGCGCCCUCGCGGUGAUUGAGAAAGUGAUGUUCUCGCCGGCGGCGCUAGCCCGACUCGCGUCCCCAUCCGCUUCGCCGCACCAGCCCUGGCCGUCUCCCGCGGAUGCCGAAGACGCGCGGCACCCGCGCGACGAGGCCCUAAGACGACACUCGGCGCAGGCGGAGGGCGGGCGGACGAGCGCGGAUUUGUUUGCGGCGUUUCUUGCGUCUUCGCUCGUUCACGACGCCUCGCCCGCGGUGCGGCUCCAGGCGGUGAGGAUGCUGCGGAACUACUAUGUCUGUUCGCCUCGUCUGCAUUCGCGCUUCGCCGCUAGAAGCUCCGCAGACGCUUCCCUGGACGCAGCCCCUUCCCCCCUGGCGUGCCCAGUCUUCAAGGCGACGCGCGACGCCUUCCUCUCGCUCGCGCGACGGCUGUGCGUCCGCGUGCCCGAGAGCCGGCAGCUUCGCGCGACUAUUUUAGACUUGUUUGCCCAAUUCUUCUUCCUCCAGCCCUUCACGUGUCCGUCGGAGGAGCCCCGUGAAGGCGCUGCCGAGGCGACCUCCUCGCCGCUGCACGCCCGGCCGCCCGGGCCCCGGCCUACGUUCGAGCCCGCGGGAGCGCCUCCGCGUGACGGGGUGGAGACGCCGCCAGCCGCUCUGGUAGCCCUGCUCUCCUGCGUCGCCGCGGCUCUUCGAGGCGCGAACUGGCGCACGGAGGCCGAGCGGGAUGAGGGGAAGGCAGAGGCCCUCGCCGUCCGGCUUCCUCAGGCCGAAGACGCGCUCACCCGAAGGCUCGACGAGGAUGACGGUGCGUCCGCAGACGGGCACGACGACUCCGCUGUGGUUCCGCGGCUGCUGGCGCUGGCAACUCAGCGUCUCGCCUGCGACGCGCAAACCGCGUCAGCUAUCGUCGUGGUCCAGGCUUUCGACGCACGCCCUUCAACGCCCCCCUGCUUCCGAGGACGCACGCAAGAGCGACAGGCGUUUCUGCGGUCGGGCGUUGACGCCUCCACCAUCCGCUUGAGCACCUCUUCCCCGGCGGGAGGCGGUGCGGCGAAACGCCGCGCGGGUAGCGCCGCGCCGACCGGCGCGCAGGCGCUCGAGACGACGCGGGCCAUCGUUGGCGUGUGGCUCGAGGCGAUUCUCAGGCUGUUCCUGCGCCGUCAGAUGCAGGCCUCUCAGCCCGGUUCCGCGGCGGCCUUCGCGGCGGAUGCCUGUGCAGCCGGGGAGUUGCUAGAUCUGUCGCGCGAGUUCGUGAGCGGGCGCGGCGAUCGCUACGGCGCCGGCGACGUGCUGGUGCGAUCCUUCCUUCCGCUGCUUCUGCCGCUCUUCAAGCAGAGUCCGCCUGUCUCCGCGCCCGCCGCCGCACUGCUGGACAAGGGCCUCGGCUUCGUGGCCGCCCUCUGCAGCCUCGUGGGCGCCGGGGGGGCGCGGCGCGCCGAGACCGAGAGCCAGGCGAGAGGGGAAGGCCGCGGCCUGAGCGGCGACGCUGCCGACUCGCCGCAGCAGUCUUUCCUCUGCCUCUCGCUGAGCCGAGAACUCCAUAAUGCGCUGCCAGACAUCCACUGCCUGGUCGAGGGCGAGCCGCUGCUAGUCAAGGAGGGCGUCCGGUGCCUGUACGCGGCCGCCACGCAGGUCACGGGCGACCUCCACACGCACAUCGGCAGACUUCUGGGCUGCAGCCUCGCGCAUCUCUACGACGCGCAGGCGCGUCUCCAGGCCUUCGCGCUUUGGAAACUGCACCCGCGCCGCAGGGCGGGCCCCAACGAGCGGCCGCGGGGAGACGCCGACGCGGAGGACGACGAAGACGGAGUGGCACACCCAGGCGUGGCUUCGAAAACGGGUGCGUGGAGCCGAGACAGCAGCCACACCGAGGCCGGCGCGCACAGCGCCACACCGCGCCAGCCACCAGGGGACGGCGGAGAGAGCCGCGCAGCCCGAGAGGGCGAGACGCCACACCGCAACCCGCGCGCGCGUCCCCCAGCAUUCGAUGCGGAGGCGGGCAUGCCCCUCCUGCCGCUGUCUGGAGUCGAGAGCGGGGACGCCUUCUGCUCGGUCGCGAAGCCGGUCAUGAGCCUCGGCGAAAUCCUGCACAACGCGCAGUACGCCUCCUGGGUCGCCGCGCGUCUCGCCUGUGAGCUCGACUUUGAGGCGGAUUUCCUCGACGAUCUCGAUAUCGCUUCGGAGUGCGCAGGACCCGAGGAGCCCGAAGACAUGCAAAAGAGACACGCGGGCGACGAGACAGAAGGGGGGAGAGGCGACCUCGCGGACGGGGCUGCGCACGAGGCUUCAGAGCAACCAGCGGGGAGAGAAGGCGAAAGCGAUGCGAUCCAGAGGGAAGGACUACUCUCCGCUUUCUCUAGUCGGAGCUCGUCUCGCACGCCACUCCGUGGGAGCACAGCGGACAGUCGAAGAUCCCGCUUGCCUCUCGUUUCUGUUUUCGGAUCUCGAUUCCGAGCUUCGUCGUCUUGUUUGCCUUCUCGCGUCGCUGGCGCCGCCUCUUGCCGACUAAGCUUGCGGCGUCUGCGGCAGGCCGUUCAGUCCCUCACUCCUCAUCUCCCGGCGCUUGACGCUGCUCAUCCUCUUGCCUCGAGCUGCUCCUUUUCCUUCGCGUUGGGCGCCGCCUCUGCUGGGCCGGCUCGUCCUGCCUUGGGUGCGAGCGGAGACUCCAGCGACGAAGAGACAGAUAGAGGGUACGAAGACAUGGCGCGGGCAGUCUGGGAAAUGCCGCGCCACGACGCACUGGACUGCGCAAAGGAGCCGCCACACCUCACGCAGCCGUGGGACCUGCGCGACGAGCUCUUUCGGCUCCUCGUUGACAUCUUGUUUCUUCUCGAGCUACUCCGCCUCCCGGGUUCCGUUGUGUGGCGCUCGUUCUCGCACUUUCUGGGGAGCCACGCAUCGUUCGUUUGCCACCGAAGUGUCCACACACUCUUCGCCGCGGUCUUAUCUCGCGGCGCCUCGGGACAUCGCAUGCGCUUUCCGAGGUGGCUGAGGCGGCAGCUGCUGUACUCGGGUGGGCGUGGCGCCCUCGCGGCCUCUGCAGCAUCUUCGGCGAUGCGCGACAGCGCCGGGCUUAACGGCCAUGCGGCCCUCGAGCAUCCAGCGCGCGUCGCUGCGGGUCCCAAGUUUGGUGUCGCCUCCAGCCGACCUGCGAGCGGCGAGUCCGCGCGGGACGCGUUGAGCGAAGACGCGAGUGACUGCGAAGAAGAGUCCCCACGCCGACGAGGCGGCCUCGGCGAAGCCGUGCCUGCAGACGAGAAAGACGACGAAAACGCUGGCGCGUGGGGCCCGACGGAGGACGAGGCUGAGGAGCUGGGAAGCAGCAGAGACUCUGCCGAGCUCCAGGCGGCUCUCCAGGGGCUCGGCGCACUUUUGCUCGCUUUCGAGACGCAAGCGUCGCAGUCGUCGGGCGCUGCAAGUCGCUCCGGUCUCUCGGGGCAGGCCCUCACUCCUCCCCCUCAGGAUCGGGAAGCCGCUGAGGCCGCCUCCACCCCGACGAAAUCCUUCGUCUCGGCGUCGCCUCUGCGACCUUCCUCUCUUUCGGACUUGCCGCGAGACCGUGCGCCGUGGCUGGUGCCUGCCUCGCUCCCACGCGGGGUGCUGGCUCGGGCGGUCACGCCGCCGCGCGGCGCAGAGCCGUGUGGCGCCUCUGAGUUCCCUGCUACGGCGUCAGCGUCGCGGGCGUCAUCGCCGCUCACGCGCGUCUGCGGCAGCGCCAGCCGCUCGGCUAGCGUGUCGCGCACCUUCGCGCUUUCGCUGCGGAAAGGCGAGUCGCGCGCGCGCGCGGCGGGGGGGCGCGCUGACACCCGCGCGGGAUACCGGAACGCCGUAACGGCCUGCGAGGCUGCCCAGUCGCUCACCGUUCACCUGCCCAGCCUUCUGCAGAUUCUCCUUCCCGACUCCCAGGCCGUCGCUCUGCAGCGUGGGGGGAGGCAAGGCCCCGCGUCGGCGUUCGCUGCGGCUUCACGCCCGUCUGCCUGGUCGACCGGAGGCGCGCGGCCCGCGAGGGGUCCUCCGACGAGCCUCGGCCUGAGUGUGCGCAGCGCGGAAUUAUGUCUGCAGGUGCUGCGUGUGUUUCAGAGGCAAGGUUUGGUGCACUCGGGAGAGUUCGUCGCGCACGCCUUUGCCUGUCUCUGCGCCACCUCGCAGACAAUCAGGCAUGCGGCCGCAGACCUUCUGCGCCAUGCGUUCCCCGCGGUGCCUUCGCUUUCGUCCCGGGGUGUUUCGGCGAGUUCCUCUGCGCUUUUUGGGGAUGGGGACUCUGCCCCGACAGGGGCGCGAGGCCCGCGGCGGGCUGGAAGAGCUGCGCGAGACCGCGGUGCCGCAGGGCUUCUCACAUCUCGCCUUCACGAUGCCCUUUUUCUCGCAGUGAAGUUCGCCCUCUCCUACGCGCCACAUGAGCGGAGCGAGGACGGAAUUCCACGCAACGGCGACGCGGAGAGAGAGAGCCUCGAAGCGGGGCGCGGGCGAGCAGAGGAGGCUGAGGGCGAGAUGGAGCGAGACGCGACCGCACGUGACCAGCGGAGGGAGGACAAAGCCGCGGGCGCGAAGCGCGGGCUCCUCGCAGGGAAGCCAGCCGAGACGCAAUGCGAGAGCGUGUGGCUCGAAGCCGUUAAAAUCGCGCCAUUCGAACUCCUCCCGCCAUGGACGACCCCCGCGACCUUCUCUCAGCUUUUUGUGCAGCUCAGCGAGGAACGACGAGGGGCGAAGGCGGAGCUUUUGUGGUCUCUGGCGAGUCAGCUAGACCAGUUCGCAGAGCCCACGCGCCUCGCGCUGCUCCUCACGCUGCUCCCGCCAGACAUCCUUUCGCACGCUCCCUUCGCGUCCUCGCCGGCGUCUCUCUCCCUGUGUGCCUCGCAUCCCCCCGCCGCCGCCUCUGCGCGUGCCUCCGCUUCCUUGUCGCUCCACGCUUCCUGUGGACCUCCUCGCCUCGGCGCGGUAGCACGCCUCGUGGACGUGGAGGCAGCUCCGUCUUGCCCGGGCUCGGCCUCGCUCGAGGCGCUGCCUUCUCUGCUUCGUUCGUGGCUCGCGCACCCUGCACUGGCGUGGCUGAGACCUCUUCUGGGCCCCGCCUGCGUGGCUGGCAAGCCGCCGGCUGCAGGAGCAGGCGGCAGCGCGGGAGUCUUCAAAGGGCAGCGGCUGCCCACGGCUCUUGGUCCGUUUUCGCAUUCGGCUGCUCGCGGGCCGUCUGCGCCUGCUGAGGUCGCCGGUUUGCUUUCGGUGCCUGUGAAUCUCGUGUGUCUUCCGGUGCUCGUUCUGCUGUGCAUCCAGCAGACGGUGUCGCUGCUGCUGGCGCUGCCUCUCCCGAGCGAAGCCGAUGCGUUUUUUCUGGUUUUCCGCCUCGAGGAGCUCGCCGAGGAGCGGGCGCAGCGCAUCCUGGCGGGGCUCUGGGCGUCCGCCGGAGGUCGAGGCCGCAGGCCGCGACGCGUAGCCGGAGAGAGAGGGGAGGAACUCGAGUCGCACACUCACAAGCAAGGGGGCGCCGCGGUCGCAGACGGGCUGCUGUUGUCCAGCGGCGAUGAGGCGGCGCUGGAGAACAGCCAAGACGAAGGCGACGACAACGACGACGGCGACAGCGUUGAGGCGAGCGUCGUCGUGCUUUGCCAGAUUCUCUCCCUGGCGUUCGCAGUCCUGUGCCGCCGCGCGCUCCUUCGAGCCGCGCGAGUUGAGGAAGCGCGAUAUGCGCUUUUCCGUGCGCUGAAGAAGGAAGAGAACGCUGCGCGUGUCGCCUCGCAGACCUUGCAUGUGAAGCAAAGAAAAGCGGGGGCUUGGCGCCGCGGAGGGCGAGCGCGGCCCCCCUCCGCUGGCGACGCCGAACUCCCCAGCGCGUCUGAUACAUCAGCGGAGCCAAGCGAUGACGACGAGAGAGGGCGAGGAGCUGAGGAGGCGGCGACGGGAGCGCGGCACGGCCGCCGUGACUCUGACAGUCGAGCUGCGCGUGCGUCGGGCGCUCGCAAACGGCGAAAGACUCAGAUCGAGCGCGGGCCGAGAUGCAAGGCGGUCUCGAGCGAAGCAGACGACGAUGCGGAGCUGUGGGAUACCGCGCUCUCCCAGGUCUGCUCAGACUCCGCUCCGUCGCCGACGAUGCGGCCGCCGAGGUGGUCUUCGAAGAACGCGGGAGAUCUCUGCAGAGGUCGCGCGCGCCUUCCUCCCCGGCGGCGACAUGCGAAGCCAGAGAGAGGUCGCGCCUCUCGAGGCCGCCGGCGGCGCGACAGCGCCUGCGGUAGCGAAGGACCGACGAGCGACGCGCCGUCUGUCGACGUCGGCGAAGGACGCGCGCGAGGGACGCGCAGAGCCAGGAAGGGUACGGGGGAGAAGUCCCCCUCGGAGCGGCUGAGACUGUUUGAGGAGUCGCUCUUGGCGCCGCGUACGAGAGGCGCAUUGGUCUACGCGCCGGCUGAAGCGGAGGCGCUCGUAAGGCGAAUCGGCGAGGCGUGGGUCGCGCGGCUCCAGCCCCUUUUGCACGCGGAGGCGGAGGGCGCGGCGGGCUCGGGACCGGAGGACGAGGCCCUCGAGGGUACGAAGGCAGAGACCAAAAACGCGAAGAGGGAUACGGGGACCACGCGAGGAGGGAAACGCGGAGGCGAAGAGACGAAGAAGGAGAAGAACGCCGAGCCGACGAAGCGCGCAGAGAGGAAGCUGGAGGGCCUCGCGGAGCUUGUUGAAGGACUGGUUGCCGAACUUCGCCGAGGCGACAAGAAAGGCGACGGCGCCAAUGGCGACGGAGAGAAGAAAGGCAGGGGCGCGACCAAACUGUCUCGCGCGAAGUCAAAGAAACGAGGGCGAGAGGCAUCGUCUGAAGGGAGCGAGUUAGACGGGGAUGAAGAGGAUGAAGACGAGGAAGAGGACGCCGAGGCAGAGGCGUCACACGACGCGGACGACGACGAUGCAGAUGAUAGCGAAGAGGAGGAAGAAGACGCGUGGACGAGUGGAUCGUCGGAAACGCACUCGCUGUCCUCAGCGGCGACCGAAGCUUCAGUAGCCGUCCCCUCCAGCGGCGAACGCCCCCGCGCGGCCUCCGCUCCGCGUCGCGGAGCCUCAAAAGGCGGAACGGCAGGCGAGGCGCCGCGCGGCGUCGCGGGGAAGACCCCGAAGUCGCUUCAGGCGACGAAGGCCCCGGCCUCUGUCUCUUCAACAGACAGCCUGUGGAGCAACUGCGGCCCGACGAGGGGGUGCCCAACCGCCGCGAAGGGCGCCGGAUGGGCUGGUAGGCCCGCGUCGGGGGCUUCGCGGACAAGGCGAGGAGGUCUCGCGAAAGCCCCCCAAAGGCCCUCGCAAGGCGCCGCGGUCGACGGCGAGCCCAGGCGGCAGGGGGCGGCGCGGCCCGAGGCACGGCCGGAGAGAGACGCCGGGCGGGGCGCGCAGGCCCCGCGCCCGAAGGCGGCAACCAAGCCUACGAGGCGGGGAAAAGAAAAGAAAACGCAUGCGGCGAAGCAGGCCGUGUGA